CUGACAAGUUCACUGCCAAAUCAUUUUCUUUUUCUUUUAAAAUCUCCACGGAGUGUUGGCGUAGCACAGUGGGGGUACUUAAUUUUCUGAAGGUGCCAAGCAGGUGCUGUAUUGCUUAUAACAUUUUCUCACGAUUUGUUGGUGGUUAAAGAACCACUGAUUCGAUGCACAGCUACAUUUGAGGCCAAUUUAAAUCUAGAACACUAAAUGGACUCCUAGCAAACUGCAGUGUGACUCUAAUGAUUGCACACUGGAUACUUAGUGCUGAACGCCAGGUUUAAAAUUAUCUGCGGCAAACAAUUUCAUUUGUUUUAAUUGUUGUCAAACGUUGCUCAUUCUAUGUUCUUGCCUCAUCAUGGAUUUACUCGAAUCGCUUUCUCACGAACUUGCCAAAAGAGGUAACCAUCUGCUCUGGAUUGAAACAGUAAUGUUUAGCAUUAUAAAUGUCGCAGCUUUCCUUGGAAAUCUGUCAGUCUGUUACGCGGUCUACCGAAACCAAAGACUCCGCACACUUUCCAAUAUGUUCGUCGUCGCGUUGGCUGUGAGUGAUAUUCUUAUGUCAACCUGUUGUAUGCCAUUUUCUGUUGUUACUUUGAUUCGAGGCCAGUGGAUCUUUGGUGACACCUUUUGCCGGUUCCAUGGGUUCGGAGUGUUUACAUUUGGACUGGCAUCUUUGCACACCAUGGGAUUAAUUGCUGUAAGUCGAUAUUUCUGCAUCGUAAAACCUGAGAGGUACAUCGUGUUAUUUAAAAAGCAAAAAAUUCUGCUCUACAUAGGUGUUGUCUGGUGUACCGCUUUCAUUGGUUCCGUUCCACCCUUUCUAUUCAGUCAUGGUGGGUUCGAAUUCCAACCAGGCAAGGCCAUGUGUUUGUACACAUUCGACACCAACAUAGCCUACACCGUAUUCAUCGAAUGCGUCUACGUCGCGACACCUUUGACAUUAAUAAUAGUCUGCUAUGCAAAAGUGUUCUACACGGUGUCACGAUCCAAUCAAGUUUUCUCAUUGGAAAAUAACCCCCAGGUGCUAAGAGCUAACGUCGAAGAAGCAAAAGUCACCAAAACUUUAGCAGCAGUGAUGGCUGGUUUUGCUUGUUGUUGGCUUCCAGUGUGCAUCAUCGACUACACUGAUGCAGCCUACGGCGAACCCACUCUGCCCAGACAAGCUUACCUUACAUACGGUUUCUUGGUCUAUCUGAGCAGUACAAUCAACCCGUUCAUUUAUGGAGCCACAAAUAAGCAUUUCAGACGACAAUACAGAGUGAUUUUUAACAACAUGUUUUGCAUGAAAGUAUGUCGCUGCUCCGAAACGUUUGACGCGGACUAUUCCAGCGAUUGUCGAAGACACGGCCCCAAGGUACAGAUCACAAGCUUGGCAUAAAUCAACCGAAAUAUUGCAAACGAUUGAACGUGAAUUUGACAUUUCUUUAGACUUUUGGACUAGUUGAAGCCUACUUAGUGCCAAUGUCAC